GGCGGACCCCCAGGCUUGGCCCGACCCGCGCCCGGCCGCCGACGCCGUCGAGGGAGAGGGGGCCUGCGUGUGUCAGUCUGCGCAGGGCAUGAGCCCUGGUGGUGCCUGAGCUCGCCCUGCCCUGCCCGUCGUCGCCUGGGGCUCAUGGGCGACAGACCACCGCGGAGGUGACUUUCGUUCUGGGGUGCGCCCUCUGCACGCGAGGACCGGCUGGUGCAAACGGGCGGGCGAGAUGCCGCGGAACAGGGCCUUCUCCGAGCCCGAGUACUCGGCAGAAUACUCGGCGGACUACUCGGUCAGCUUGCCCUCCGAUCCCGAGCACCGGGUGGGACGGACCCACGAGGUGACCGUGAGGAACUCCGGCUCGUGCCUCUGCCUGCCGCGCUUCCUGCGCCUCACCUUCGCCCCGGAGUCCCUGGAGAACCUCUACCAGACCUACUUCCGGCGGCAGCGCCACGAGACGUUGCUGGUCUUGGUGGUCUUUGCCGCCCUCUUCGACUGCUACGUCAUCGUCAUGUGUGCCGUGGUGUACACGGCGGAGAAGCUGCCCGCCACCAUGGCGGCCGCGGUGGCCUUGGCUGUCCAGGCCCUCCUGUUCGUCCUCUGCAAGUACGAACUCCUGCCGGACCGCGUCACCCGCAAGUUCAUGCCCUACUUCCUGUGGAUCCUCAUCGCGGCCCAGAUAUUCUGCUACCUGGGCCUGAACUUUGCCCGCUACCACGAGGCCAGUGACACGGUGGGCUGGCAGGCCUUCUUCGUCUUCUCCUUCUUCAUCACCCUCCCCCUGCGCCUCACGCCCAUCGUCCUCAUCUCGGCCGUCUCCUGCGGCAUCCACACCCUGGUGCUGGGAGUCACCAUCGCGCAGCAGCGACAGGAGGCCCUCCGAGAAGAGAACUUGCUGUGGCAGAUCCUGUCCAAUGUCGCCAUCUACCUGUGCACCAUCUGUGUGGGCAUCAUGUCUUACUACAUGGCUGAUCGCAAGCACCGCAAGGCCUUCCUGGAAGCUCGGCAGUCCCUGGAGGUCAAGCUCAACCUUGAGGAGCAAAGCCAACAGCAGGUAAGAGCUGAAGGACCCUUCCGACCCGAUUGUCUCUUUCUCCCUCUCUCUCAAUCAGAGGAGUACCUCAGUCAGCUUGCCUUGAGCUGGCUGUCCAGGAGCCAAACCCCGCCUUGGUGGUUUUCUGAUUAGGUGUGUGUGUCUAAAUCAUAGAAUCAUAGAAUGAUAGGGUUGGAAGGGUCCCCGAAGGCCAUCAAG